CCCUUUCAACACACAACGUGCUUACGCUGACGCGCCGUUGGGCGAUGACGCAAUUUCUGCCGUGUUGGAGGUUGAGCAGGAAACUGAGGAGAAGAAAGAGAACAGCAGCUUUGUGUUUAUUCUGUAGCGAGUUAUAAAGCACACACAGCGCCGAAAGAUGUCACUGAGUGAGGAGCUGCAGGACACCGAGGGCUCGGACCUGUUCGCUCUGCUGUUUCCUGAUGAACAUCAUGCAGAUGAUGAUUUUUUCUUCUCUGAUGGGAAUAACCUGAUGGAGGACCUGCUGUCUGAACAGGAUAUGUUCAGUGCCCUGAACACGGAGGAUUUCCUGAGUCAGUUGUUAGGUGAGGAGGAUGAUGGUUUCACCGCUCCACGUGUCUCUCACUCUCCACUGGGGAGCGACAGCGGCAUCUCAGAUGACCCGAGCUCAAGCCCCCACAGUGAGACUGAGUGUGUGAUGGAGGGCGUGGUCGAGGGCGUGGUCGAGGGCGUGGCUGAGUAUUAUGAAGCCCAGGUGGUGGAAACGGACCAUUGUUACUCCUUACACAGUGUCCGCACUGACAAACCAGACACUGACGUCUUCAUCAACCUCGAUGAUAUGGACGAGAGCCUGAGUCCUGAUGUGUGUGAUGAGCUGCCCUGCUCUCUCACUAUAGAGGAGUCCACACUGAGCAACAAGAUUGAUCACAUGUUCCAGUUUAAGGAGAUCCUGCUUACGGAUGAGGAGCAGCGACUUUUAGCCAAGGAAGGAGUGACCAUCCCAACACACAUGCCCCUUACAAAGGCGGAGGAGAGAUCUCUGAAGAGGGUGAGGAGGAAGAUCAGAAAUAAACAGUCUGCACAGGAAAGUCGCAAGAAGAAGAAAGUGUACGUGGAUGGACUGGAGAACAGGGUUGCUGUGUGUACGGCUCAUAAUCAGGAGCUCCAGAAGAAGGUUGAACUGCUGCAGAAACAAAACAUGUCUCUGAUGGAGCAGCUGAGAAAAUUGCAAACCAUUGUGAAGAUGAGCACCAUGAAGACCAGCACCACCAGCACCUGUAUCAUGGUGUUCUUGCUGUCAUUCUGUCUGAUUAUUUUUCCUUCCAUCAAUCCGUUUGGCAACUCCGUUCAAAAAGAUCCGUAUACUUCCUCAACAGGUAUGUCUCGUGCUCUGCGCUCGUAUCCCACGAUGCCCAAAAGUGAGGUGUUCAUCAGCCCUAAUGAAGUGACUGAGGAGGAGGAGGAGAUGCUGAAGGUGGACAAUAACCAUAUCCUCCUGAAUCAGACGCCUGACUACCAGCAGCUCGACCAGUCCGACUCUGAGACGGCCGUCACCACCAACUCGUCAUCCGACUUCCCAUCCGGUGCCGUCACACACACUCACACACAGGCACACACACGCUCGGACCCGGCGGCGCCCCCGGUGGUGUAUGAUGGUCAGAGCGCAGGUAAAGAGAGCUGGCUGGAGCAAACGGCUACUACAGUCAUUAUACAGCAGCAUCGCUCUGACGAGAUGUAGACACACACACACACACACACACACACACACACACACACACACACACGGGGCACAGUGGAAUAUUAUUAUUUUGUUCUGUUAUUUAAUCUGAUAUAAUUGUUCGUGCUCCGAUAAUCAGAUGUCACUAUAUGUAGUGACUUCCUCUCUAGGCGGUCUGUUGAGGCAGCAGUUGUGCAAUUGAGAUGAAGAUACAGAAAAUAUAAAUGUCUCAUUUUGCUCAUUUUUAUAAGUCCAGAUAUUAGGCUGUACACACUUUGGUAUGCUGAUUGUAAGGUAAAGGGGCUUUACUUUAGGGUCCCUUCGUACCAUGCACUGUCUCUCUUUUUUAACAUUUAUGCACUUUCCUUUUUUUUAAUGUCCCUCUGUUAAACCACACAGCAACCUUACACAUGUGGAGAUGGUGUCAGUGGGUGUGGUGAUGAUGUGUGUGAUUAGCAGGGCAUUAUGCCACAUCAUCAUCAUCAUCAUCAUUAUUACAGUACUUUAUCAUUUUCCCAUUUAGUAAAGAACAGAUGAAAAUGUCCUGUGUGUGUGAUGAAGGAUCUGUUGUGAAUCCACUCAGGAAUCUUGAUCUGUUGUGUAAAUACUCGUGUAAAGUGAAGGUGGAAUCUGUUCCGUGUCAUUGAGCAUUUAAUGGUUUGAUAAUCCGAUCCGAGCUGUACAUAAAGCUUCAGCUGUAGAGCAUCAUCUUUAAACCAGAAAUCUGCUUUGUAUUAUUAUAAAUGUUGCUUUUAUUAUGUAUUAUUGCUUAUUGUUGAUGUGCAUCUUUAUUUUUAUUUUUUCUUUGCCUGCUGAUUAUUUUUGGAUGUAAACUGAUGUGUUAGUGCUCAGAAUGUUUAACACCAAUUUUAUGUAAAUGUUAAUGAAUGAUUAAAUAAACAUUCCUUUGUUACAUAAAA